AACACAUACAUAUAUUCACAAAUUAGAUAGAUUAUACAGCAUGCAUUCACACUGACACACAUUAGUGUUUCAUGAGGACAACCCUUAGGUUGUCAACGUUAAAUAUGAUGGAAGUAUUAUUUCAUAUGACGAUUUUAUGUCAUCAUGAAGUUGAACCUCUUUUUACUUUUAUACGUACUUAUUGUCUUAUGUACAGUCCCAAGUACAAGAUAUAAUUGUUGAAAUAAACAUCGAAAUGAACACUAUCAUUCAUUCCACAAAAGAUCAUACUCAUCAUCCGAUGAGUUUUUUAUGCAUCUUGCGCAUGUUGGUUCGAGCGCGCUCAAAUUCGUUACACCAACUGUAUAUUCUUUAUAUGUAUAUACUCAGUAAUCUAUUAUAUUAUGUACUUUAUAAUUCUACAUUUGCAUUAAUUUCUCGUAUUAUUCAAAUAUUUUUAUCCAUUGCGUUUUCAAAGACGAAAUGCAAAACGUUUGAUAGUGAGACAAUACUAAAUAGUGAAAAGCCUACCGAAGUUUGCCGAGUUGCGCGAUUUGAGUAAAUGGUUUCACUUCAAACGAAACAAAUUUAAACGUUUGUAUCAAUAAUCAAUUCAUAUUCAUUACAUAUCAUGUGAUAUUAUAUUAAUAUACAAUUCCGUCGUAGAAUAUCUUUAAUAAAGUAUUAUUUGCGUAUUUAUUAUGUAUCGAAAUAACCGAAUUAGAGAUUUUAAAUCCAUUUUGAAAUGUCAGCAAUCCACAAGUAGUAAAUCAAAUGAAAAUAUAGAAAAUGAUAAAAAAUUGGCAGAAAAUGUUGAGGAAAGUACUCUUAGAAGUACUACAUCAAUUCUAAAUUUAUUGAAAAAGCCUAAGGAAAAUGACAAAAGAAUACAGAAAGAGUAUGAUGAGAUUAACACAGAUGAAAACAAAGACAAAGGCACUGACAAAGACACUGUAUCUAAUGUUAAUAAUUCAGUUACAAUUACUGAAAAAAUGACUUUUAAUGUAGUAAUUGCUAAACAAUCUACAAGAAAACAUAAAAAGUGGGAAGAUGAUGGAAUUUUGGAAGUUAGUGGAAAACGUGCAACUUUAAAGGAUACAGAGGGUAAUGUAAUUCAUACAACAACAGUUAAUCCAACAACUCUUGAAGAAGGUUUUAGGAUGUAUAUGGGAAAUAAGGAAAUUGAGAUAGUUGACAGAGUAUUAUGCAAAAAAUCUUUACCAGAUGAAUCUUCUAAAGAAACUAUUCCAGAACCACCGAAAAAGAAAUUAAAAUCUUCAAAUGUUAAACCAUUUGUUCCAUUUAAUUCAUUACAACAAGGAUUGAAAUUGACACACAAUCCACUGAUAAUGCCUCCUAUGUACACUUCACAAAAUUGGGCAGAGAAUGAAAUAUCAAAAGAUGAGAAGGAAGUGUCUGUAGAUGCUUGUCUAGUAAAUGUACUUAGACAGCAUCAGCGUUAUGGUAUAAUAUUUUUAUAUGAAUGUAUCAUGGGAAUAAAGACAUCUAAUUAUUAUGGUGCAAUUUUGGCUGAUGAAAUGGGUCUUGGCAAAACAUUACAGUGUAUAACAUUGGUCUGGACAUUAUUGAAGAAGGGACCAUAUGGAAGUCCAGUAUUAAAAACUGUAUUAAUAGUAACUCCUAGUAGUUUGUGUAAUAAUUGGAACAAGGAAUUUAAACAUUGGUUGGGUUUUCAUAGACUCUGUCCAUAUGUUGUGAAUGCCAAAAAUAAGCUGAAAGACUUUAAAAAACAGGCAAGAAAUUCAGUGGUAAUUAUUAGUUAUGAUAUGCUUAUUAGAUGUGAAGAGGAAAUUGAACAGAUAAAUUUUGAUUUAAUUAUAUGUGAUGAAGGACACAGAUUAAAAAAUAAUGAAAUAAAAGCAGCAAAGCUUUUAAGUAAUAUAAAUUGCAAAAGAAGAAUUCUUCUGACCGGAACCCCGAUACAAAACGAUUUACAAGAAUUUUUUGCUUUAGUUAAUUUUGUGAAUCCCGGUAUUUUGGGUAGUAAUAAUGAAUUUAAGAAUUAUUACGAAAAUCCUAUUGUAGCAUCAAAAUGCCCUCAUGCAGCUUAUAGCGUCGCAUCUUUAGGAACUGAAAGGGCUACUGAAUUGCAUGAAAAAACAAGAAGUUUCAUUUUGAGACGCACACAAGACACAAUUAACAAAUAUUUACCUUCCAAACACGAAUUAGUUGUAUUUUGUCGCCUAUCAGACGAACAAGAGAAAUUAUAUUCACUGGUUACAGAUACAUGGUUCAACAAAAGUGUGUUACCAAAUUCUAAUGUUCCACAUUUGACUGUGAUAACGACUUUAAAGAAAAUUUGUAACCAUCCAAAAUUAUUUUAUAACGAAAAAAAUGAGUUUUGGAACAAUAGCGCUAUAAACUUAAAUGGAACUACUAAUAUAUGUAAAUAUACCUCAAGAGAGCAAUAUUGUGGAAAAAUUUCAGUUGUACAGACAUUAAUGAAAAAUCUAAAAAAUACAGAUGAAAAAUUGGUAUUAAUUUCGUACUAUACACAAACGCUAGAUUUGCUAGAAACUGUUUGCAGCACAGAAGGUUUACACUUUCUUAGAUUAGAUGGUAGUACACCAGCUACUACAAGGUCUAAAAUUAUUGAACAAUUCAAUUCAAAGAACCAUAACAGCAAAAUAUUUUUACUAAGUGCAAAAGCUGGUGGAGUUGGACUAAACUUAUUUGGGGCAUCUAGACUCAUACUUUUUGAUUCUGAUUGGAAUCCAGCAUCUGAUUCUCAAGCUAUGGCAAGAAUUUGGAGAGAUGGUCAAAAAAAAGAUGUUUAUAUAUUACGAUUAUUAACAACAGGAACUAUUGAGGAAAAGAUUUUUCAGAGACAAGUCAGUAAAGCAGGUUUAAGUGAAACUGUAGUGGAUUCAAAUUGCUUUGACUCUCUUAAACUCUCUAUGAAUGAAUUAAAGGAUUUAUUUACAUUAACAACAGGUACUAAUUGUCUGACUCAUGAUUUAAUGCAAUGUUCUUGCAAUGAUUGUAAUAAAACAGAAAAGGUGCCUCAAAAAUUACAAGAAGAAAAUGAUAGAGAAUAUCAACUUUUAUUACAAAGUGAAGUAUCAAAUUCCAAUUUAACCAUUAAUCAGCUUUCAAAAUGGGAACAUUAUCAGCAGCCAGUUCCAGAUAAAAUACUUAAAGAAUCUAUGCUAUUAGAAAUAUAUGAUAAAAUAACUUUUAUAAUGAAAAAUUCUAUAAUAAAUCAAACAAAUAAGUAAAAUCAAAUAAAAGAUUAUACAUUGUGUACAUCAAAACAUAAUGCUUCAUUAUUACAUGAAAUAAAUUUU